UUCCUUUGGUUUCUGUUUCCUGCUUCCUUCUUCCUUCAGAUCUGACUUCAUUUUACUUCACUCCUCUGUUUGCUUCCAUCCUGUUUUCAUUUCUAUGAUUCUCCUUUAUUUCGAAUUUUAGGAGCUGGGUUUUUGUUUUUGUCGAUUUUUAGGAGGUGGGUCUUUGUAUAUUCCUGUUUUUAGAAAGUGGGUCUUUGUUUAUUUCAAUUUUUAGGAGGUGGGUUUUUGUUUAUUUCAAUUUUUAGGAGGUGGGUUUUUGUGUUUUUAUUUUUUUACUUGUGUAGCUUCUGAAAUCCUUUGCAAUGCGGUGCGGUUGUGUUUGUGUGGCUGUUUAUGCUACAUCCUAGAUUCCCAUUCUUUUGGUUGCUCUCGUUUCUGCCAUUUCUAGCCCUCGAUUUCUUCGUCUGCUAAUGAACUUUUAGUUUCCCUUUUUUCAUAUGGAAGUUAUGGGGGGCUAACUUGGCAAGUUCUAUGGCAUUGACUGGUAUUUUGACAAUGCAUAGAGGAAGAGAUAGCCCUAUAAAGUUGCAGAACAUCACUCAUACAGCAACAUCUAGUAAACAUAAACGUGAAUUUGGUAUGGACUUUGAAUCAGACUGGACAAGACAUGUUAAGUCUUCUGCAUUUGCUGCUCCAGUGAUCCGUUCUGCAACUUCGUUUAUGCGUUGGUCUUGCAGAAUCCCAAUUAGUGAAGGAUAUCAUGAAUUUCUUUAAUUGAAGUCAGUCAAAGAUAAGUUAUUACACUAUUUGAACGAUACUGUUGAAGAAAAACAGUCAUCGUUGUACGAGAUUUAGUUGGUUACUUUAUUUGGAUAAUGCCCGGAUUCAUUUCUGGAAAGAAGAGGCUCACAGAACCAAAGAUGUGCAUCAUCAACACUGUUAAACAGAAUUCAAUUUGUCUUUCAAAAAGCGAUACUGGAUUUCAUUCUCAGUUUGAUCAUGUGUCUCUCCUUCCUGGCUUACCUGAUGAUGUAGCAAAACUGUGUCUUGCCCUUGUUCCCCGUUCUAGCCAUCCAUCCAUGGCUGGUGUUAGCAAGAAUUGGAGGUCAUUCAUUAAAGGCAAGGAAUUCAUAACUGAGAGGAAAUUAGCUGGUGCAGUUGAGGAGUGGCUGUACUUCUUAACUAUGGAUACUGUAAGGAAGGAAUGCCACUGGGAAGUGUUUGAUGGUGUGGAACGUAAGUUUCGAGUGCUUCCACCAAUGCCUGGAGCAGUGAAGGCUGGUUUUGAGGUGGUUGUUCUGAACGGGAAGCUUCUUGUCAUAGCUGGUUAUUCAAUUGCCGAUGGAACUGAUUCUGUUUCAUCAGACGUUUAUCAAUAUGAUUCUUGCCUUAAUAGGUGGAGUAAACUGGCCAAUUUAAAUGUAGCUCGAUACGAUUUUGCCUGUGCCACUGUUGAUGGGAUUGUCUAUGUGGUUGGAGGCUAUGGAGUUGAAGGUGACAAUCUAUCGAGUGCUGAGGUGUAUGACCCCGAAACUGACAAAUGGACUCUAAUUGAAAGCCUCCGUCGCCCUCGAUCAGGCUGUUUUGCGUGUGGAUUUGAUGGUAAGCUGUAUGUCAUGGGUGGAAGGUCAAGCUUCACAAUUGGCAAUUCAAAGUUUGUGGACGUGUACAAUCCCAAGAGGCAUAGUUGGUGCGAGAUGAAAAAUGGUUGUGUCAUGGUCACUGCUCAUGCUGUGGUAGGUAAGAAAUUGUUCUGUAUGGAAUGGAAGAACCAACGGAAGCUUUCCAUGUUCAAUCCGGAGGAUAAUUCAUGGAAGAUGGUACCAGUUCCAUUAACUGGUAGCUCAAGCAUUGGAUUCCGGUUUGGCAUACUGGACGGGAAGCUGCUGCUCUUUUCGUUGAAGAACGAACCUGAAUACCGUACUUUGUUGUACGAUCCAAAUGCAACUCCAGGUUCAGAAUGGAAAACCUCAGACAUUAAACCAUCUGGCCUGUGCUUGUGCAGUGUGACCAUCAAGGUUUGACAAUGGAGUUCCACUUUUAGAGUGAAAGGCAGUAAAGUAACACGGUUGGGACUAUGCCAAACACUUCUUUAUCCACUUGACUUAUUUGUUUAGAACAUUCUGAUUCCUUUCCAGUUUUUAUUUCCUGACAAUGAAUGAUUUCUCCAAUCAUUUACGCAAACACCAUAAUUAUCUUAAUGAUCCAGUGGUGCAUCAAUACUCUGAUGAUGCUUUAAAACAAGCCAUGAUAGGUACUCAUGAAAAGGGUUAGAAGCAUCUGAUUUUUCUUCAGGUUUACAUUGAUUGCAACUUGCUGUUCUUGGAAAAUUUUGAAACCAACAUUGUUUGUUGUGUGAUGGCUGAUCAAAUCAAGUCGCUUCGUACCUGGUAAAUGACGGUUUGGUUGUGAGUUUAAAAUGAUGGUUUUUCAAUAAUCUGUAGGAAGAUGUCAGUUGGUAAACCAAUCUCUCUGCUGCUUUCCAUCAAACCUCUCUGCUGCAGGAUUGAGUAUUUGGAAGCUAAUCCCAUGUUAAGAAAGGAUACAUAAAAGAUGUACAUAAAAAAGCACAUGGUUAAUUUUGAAUUAAUGUAUAUACUUAUCCCUUUUAGUUAUUCUUUCUAAGAUUGCAUUGUGAGGGAUUUCUUUAAUGAAGAUUGUUGGUGGGAUUAAACCAACAAAUAUUUCUUUCCAAAAA